UACGAAGAGACAAAUUAAUUAGCUGCACAUUUCCAUUUUUGUGUCAUCACUGUUGCUAUAUUUGUUUCUCUUCUCAAAUCCCCCGAAGUCAUAAAGCAAAACACCGAGAAAGGAGAGAAGUCACAAGACAGUCGCUGCACGGCAUAUUAAUAUGAUCAGAAGAGUCUAAUAAAAAGAUCAAAACUUUCAUCCAACUCCCAACCUAAUCCUCCACUCAAUUUUCUUGCUUCCUUGUUCGAUCCAUCCGUUAAACCAACCCUUGUAAGAUUAAUUUCCCUCUAUCUAGUUUCACAUCAAGCUCAAAAUCGAAUCUUUUUCUCCAUUUCCGUUGUUUAAAAGCUGAGUCGUUUAGCUUCUGCGUAAUUUCCUCUCCGGGAAUAUCUCAUUUCGUUUCCCCUUACCCUACCAAUAUAUAUAUUUAUUGUGUAUAUAAUCUGUGGUCUCUUGUCCCACACUUAUUUGUUUAUUGAAAAAUUGAGACAUUCAAGUUUGGGGGCUUUGGUGAAUUUUACAGAUUUUAUAGAAAAAGGUGAGAACUUGCUGCUUGGUUUGUUUUGGAGCAAAAUUGAUCACGCCCUGUAAGUGUUUGAUCAAAUGGCUCACUCGAUUGGUCCAAGACUGUAUAGUUGCUGCAACUGCAGAAACCAUGUAGGACUUCACGAUGAUAUCAUCUCUAAGGCUUUUCAGGGAAGAACUGGGCGAGCUUUCCUGUUCUCCCACGCAAUGAACAUAGUAGUAGGGACGAAAGAGGACCGGCAUCUUCUAACGGGUCUCCACACCGUGGCUGAUAUAUCUUGUGCUGACUGUAACGAACCAUUGGGUUGGAAGUACGAGCGAGCAUAUGAGACCUCACAAAAGUACAAGGAGGGCAAGUUCAUAUUCGAAAAGGCUAAGAUUGUCAAGGAAGAUUGGUAGCUGAGGAACACGUUUGAAUUCAUUAUUGGAUUGGCUCAAAAACUGUACAUAGAUAAAAUUUGGCCUUGUCAGUUCCCAUCUUGAGGGAUUUCACAAGUCAUCAUCAGCCAUUUUUCGAGUUCUUCUUCAUUGUCGUGAUAAUUAUGUCAGUCUCUUGUGUUCAAACUUUGGAUUUGUGCGUACAAGGUUUCUCUGUCAAUAAAGAUGUUAAUAGUUUCUCUUGCGUUUA